AUGCUAGCGCUGCGCGGAGCCGUGCUUGCUGCCUUUACGAGCGCAAGCGCUGAGGAUGGUCCUGCAAUUCCUUAUGUUGCUCCAGAUGUUACCGGCCUUCAUUUCGUGGAGACCUUUGAUGCCGAUGUAUGGUCAAGGUGGAAGCAUUCCACUGCGGAGAAGUACAAUGGAAAAUUCGAGGUCACCACGCGAACCCCUGAGGCGCUGCUUGGCGAUGUGGCCUUGAAGGUGUCAGAGGCCGCUCGCCACUACGGCACAGCCGCGAAGUUUGAGCCAAUCGCUGUCCAACAGAAGGGCGCCUUCGCUGUGCAGUUCGAAGCCAGAUUUGAGGAUGGCUUGUCGUGCGGUGGUUCGUACAUCAAAUUGUUCGACAGUGAAGGCCGGCCCUCCGAUGCUUUCGAUUCCGACACGCGUUACGUCGUCAUGUUUGGGCCGGACAAAUGUGGCGGUACGAACAAAGUGCAUUUCAUUUUCCAGCACAAGAACCCCGUCACGGGCAAGUGGGAAGAAAAGCAUUUGCAGACGCCUCCGAGUGUGCCGAUGGACCGCCGCACACAUUUGUACGGCUUGUUCAUCCGCUCUGACAACAGUUUCGAAGUCCAUGUCGACGGUGAGAAGAAGGCUAGCGGCUCUCUCCUCAAGGACAUGCAGCCGCCAGUUAACCCACCGAAGGAAAUAGAUGACCCGUCAGACCAGAAGCCGUCGAACUGGGUCGAUGAAGCAAAGAUAGAUGAUCCAGAUGCAUCGAAACCAGACGACUGGGACGAAGAUGCGCCGUUUCAGAUCCCAGAUCCAUCAGCUUCCAUGCCUUCAGGGUGGUUGGAAGACGAGCUGGCUAAGAUACCAGAUCCCAAGUCGCAGAGGCCUGCAGAUUGGGACGAUGAGGAGGACGGUGAAUGGGAAGCUCCGAUCAUCGACAAUCCCAAGUGCUCUGUCGGCUGCGGAAAGUGGGAGGCACCGAGAAUCAACAAUCCCAACUACAAAGGCAAAUGGUAUGCACCAAAAAUUGACAAUCCAGCUUACAUUGGCGAAUGGAAGCCCAGGCAGAUAGACAAUCCUGAGUAUUUCGUGGACGAGAAUCCGUACAUGCUGCCGACCAUAGAUUCGGUGGGUAUUGACAUCUGGACGAUGGACAAGGGUAUCAUGUUCGACAACAUCGUUGUCGAUUCCAACCCGGAAAAGGUCAUAGCGUUUGGCCAAGCUACAUUCAAGGUGCGGAGCGACAUCGAGGCAAAGCAGGACAAGUCGGCAAGUGGACAAGGCAUGUUCAGCAAAGCCCUGGACACGGUUCUAGAGAACCCAGUUCCAGUCCUGGUAACAGUUCUUGCUCUGCUUGUUGGCAGCUUCCUGCUCUGUUGCCGGGGUGGGGCCGGGUCUCCAGCACAACCGGUGACCGAAGGCGAGCCCACGCCGCAGCGGAAAAAGCUCAGCGAGUACAAGAAGGCACGGUCUGACUCCCCAUCCAGGAAAAGAGACGAUGCUCAGGCAGACAGCGCCGAAGCAAGUGAUGGGCCUGCAGCAGCGCAGCCAGCGGAGUCUGAGGAGAAGAAGGAGGAGGGGGGCUUGGCUGCAACACUGGCACAAGAAGACUGA